UUCACUUAACCUAAUCAUGGGAUGUGCAGGUUGUCAAAUGUUGGGCACCCAUUCUCUCACAUAAAAUACAAUAAUUCAAACAGAAACAAAAUAAUGUAUAUGAUUAUUACAACUCUCAUAAGCUGUGUUAAUCAAAUAUAUCUUAGUUGAAUUCCUUCUGUACGACCAUAAAAGAAAGUAAUUGGAUUCUUUCUAUAUUACUUAUAGUUGGGUUUUCCAUAAUGGGAUUCAAAAGAAUCUGCUUUUCUCCGGGCAUGCAAAAAUCAAAGCCAUACAUGGCAGUAAUAGUUGCCCAAUUUCUGAAUGCUGGGUCAAAUGUUAUCAGUAAAGUUGCUCUUAAUGGGGGAAUGGAUCCCUUUGUUUUGGGGGUCUAUAAGCAUGCUAUUGCUACUCUAGUAAUGGUUCCCUUUGCAUUUCUCUUUGAAAGGAAGAAGCCACCCAAGAUGACCCUUUCUUCUGUAUGUCAAAUUUUAAUAGCAGGAAUGGUGGGGCCUGUAAUUGGACAAAAUUUAUACUUUCAGGGCUUGAAAUAUACUUCUCCAACUUAUGCGUCAGCUAUGAUGACCUUAGUCCCUGUUAUCACCUUUGUAGUGGCUGCCAUCUUAAGAAUGGAGAAAGUGAGGCCAAAAGAUGUCCAUAGCCAAGCAAAGAUAAUGGGCACAAUAGUUUGUGUGGGUGGUGCUUUGCUCCUCAUCUUCUACAAAGGCCCAAUUCUUCAUAUGUUGUGGACUCCACAUAUCCAUUCUAAGGGAAAGAAGCAACUGACACCUACACAUAUGGAGGAUAAAGACUGGAUUAAGGGUUCACUUAUGUUACUUGCUACAUGUCUAUGCUCUACUACAUUUUAUAUUCUUCAGACCAAAGUUGUGAAGAGAUAUGAGGCUCAACUUUCAAUUACCACCUUAAUUUGUUUGGUGGGAGCAAUAGAGUCAACCAUAGUAACUUUCAUAUUUAUGAGAGAUCUUUCAAAAUGGACUUUGAAGUGCAAUAUGAACCUUGUAACGGUUAUAUAUAUUGGAGUAUUAGCAUCAGGAAUGACAUACUAUUUGCAAGGUUAUGGCAUGCGAUUAAAAGGGACUGUAUUUGUCACUGCAUUUUCUCCAUUAAGGCUCAUUAUUGUGGCAAUUAUGGGAUCAUUUAUACUUGCUGAGACACUUUAUUUGGGAAGUGUUAUGGGAGGAGUAGUGAUUGUAGUGGGACUAUAUGCUGUACUAUGGGGAAAAUCAAAGGAUAAUACUAUUUCAAAAGAAACAGAAACACAACUUCAUGAUUCUCAAUUGCAUGAUCUUGAAGGAAAUAGUGAAGAUUUGAAAGGUUUACAGUUUCAAGUUGAGAAUGAACAACAUUCUAACCAAAAAAAUGGAGAAGAGAGAGCCCCAAAAAAUAAAGUCCCAAUAGCCUUGACAUAGCAGAUACCUCUAAUGCUUGUUGUUAAAAAAGAUAAAGAAAAUUGAAACAUAGUUUUAUUUGCAAUACAACUGCAUAAUGAAAAUGCAGUUAUAAUUAGGUACUAUAGACUAAACUAAAAUAAGGACCAUACUAAAUUUUUAUUACUCAAAUAUAUCACUAUAACAUGUUCUCAAUA